GGGAAAGAGUAGCUGUGCAGCUUCCUGCAGUGUUUUUGCCAUUUUUGAUCGCUGCAGUCAUUGUUACUGUAAUGCGGAACAAACUGCUGCCGUCUCAGAUAUCAAUACAUCAGUUUCGUGCAGUUCUCACUGUUACAGAAUAUCACUGACCAUGAACAAGAUAAAGAAGAAGCUGCCUGAGCAGAUCCUGAAUCACAUCCUUUAGAUUCUCUACCUGCUGACAGGAGAGUUGUAGGUCUGUGUUACUGUGACAAGGUGAGUUCCUGUUACUUGGAGUUCUUGGAGUAUUGGGGCUGACUCACGUGUGACCAACAAGCUGACGACUGAGAAGAACCAAACCUCAGAGAUCUACAUGCUGACUGGGGAGGAACAAAUGGAGUUUGAUGAAGUUGCAGUUUAUUUCUCGGAGGAGGAGUGGGGCUGUUUAACUGAAGAACAAAAAGAGCUUUAUAAGGAUGUGAUGAUGGAGAAUUACCAGACCCUCAGCUCUCUAGGAUAUGUUCGCGUGAAACCUUUACUUGUUACAAAGAUUGAGCACAGAGAGGAGCCGUAUGUGAGCAGCUUUCCAAUUAAAAAAGGUGGAUUCACAAACUGCAGUUAUCCUAGUCAUGCUCAGAGUGCAGAUUCUUCUUUCAAUCUUUUAAAAAAUCAAAGAAGUCACAAAGGAAAUGUAUGUUCUGAAUGUGGGAAAUGUUUCACAGAGAAAUCAUUUCUUUUUGACCAUCUGAAAUCUCAUACAGGAGAGAAAAACAAUUCAUGUUCUGACUGUGGCAAAUGUUUUAUUUGUGAAUCAGAUCUUAUUAUGCAUCACAGAAUUCACACAGAAGAAAAGGCAUUUUCAUGUUCUGAGUGUGGGAAAUGUUUUACUCUGAAAUCAGAUCUUAUUAGGCAUCACAAAAUUCACACUGGAGAAAAAGCAUUUUCAUGCUCCUACUGUGGGAAAUAUUUUACUCGGAAAUCAACUGUUAUUAGGCAUCAAAGAAUUCACAAAGUAGAAAAGAAAUUUUCAUGUUCUGAGUGUGGGAAAUGUUUUAAUCAAAAAUCAUAUCUUAUUAAGCAUCACAAAAUUCACACAGGAGAAAAAGCAUUUUGUUCUGAUUGUGGCAAAUGUUUUAUUCGUGAAUCAGAUUUAAUUAUGCAUCGCAAAAUUCACACAGGAGAAAAUGCAUUUUCAUGUUCUGAGUGUGGAAAAUGUUUUAUUCAUGAAUCAUAUCUUAUUAUCCAUCGCAAAAUUCACACAGGAGAAAAAGCAUUUUCAUGUUCUGAGUGUGGGAAAUGUUUUACUCAGAAAUCACAUCUUUUUGCUCAUCACAAUAUUCACACAGGAGAAAAAGCAUUUUCAUGUUCUUACUGUGGAAAAUGUUUUACUCGGAAAUCAACUCUUAUUAGACAUCACAAAAUUCAUACAGGAGAAAAAGUAUUUUCAUGUUCUGACUGUGGGAAAUGUUUUACUCAGAAAUCAACUCUUAUUAGUCAUCACAAAAUUCAUACAGGAGAAAAAGUAUUUUCAUGUUCUGACUCUGGGAAAUGUUUUACUCUGAAAUCAACUCUUAUUAGACAUCACAAAAUUCAUACAGGAGAAAAAGCAUUUUCAUGUUCUGACUGUGGAAAAUGUUUUACUCGGAAAUCAACUCUUACUAGGCAUCACAAAAUUCAUACAGGAGAAAAAGCAUUUUCAUGUUCUGACUGUGGAAAAUGUUUUACUCGGAAAUCAACUCUUGUUAGGCAUCACAAAAUUCACAGAGGAGACAAAGCAUGAUCUGACUGUGGGAAAUGAUCAAUAAGAGUUUAUUUCUGAGUAAAAUAUCAGAAAAUUCAUACAGGAAAGAAAGCAUUUUCAAGUUCUGACUGGGAAAUGUUUUAUUCAGAAAUCAGAUCUUAUUACACAUCACAAAAUUUACAUAGGAGAAAGGGCAUUUUCAUGUUCUGGGCGUAGGAAAUGUUUUACUAGGAAAUCAACUCUUUUUACACAUCAGAAAAUUCAUACAGAAGAGAAAACCUUUUCAUGUUUUGACUGUGGGAAAUUAUUAAACCCUUAACGACACGCGUCGUACAGGGUACGUCUUGCACAAACUGGUCUUUAAAGACCAGCGACGUACCCUAUACGACGUUAAGAUUCUUCGUUGAUAUGCGCUUCGCAACAGGUUGAAGCCCGGUUUUCCUCUCGAAGGGCAGUGAAUGUCAGAGGGAUGUGAAGAGAGUAUUGCCUAUUUGAAUACAAUGGUCUACCUCUAGGGGAUCAAUUUCAUAGGUUCUCUGUUAUCGGUCGUAGAGAUUUCUUCUCCUACCUCCCUUUUCAGAUCGACGAUAUACUCUUAUAUACCUUUACCUCUACUGAUUCUGUUUCAGUACUGGUUUGGCUAUCUACUACAUGUAGAGGAGUGUCCUGGGGUAAGUAAAUCUUCUUCUUUGUGACACUCUGCGCUAUGGUUGGGCACUUUAUUUGUAAAGUUCUAAAUAUAUGUCUAUAAACUUAUAUUUGCCUUGAUUCAGGAUAAUCAGUAUUCCUUUUCAAUACAGACUGUCAGUUUCAUUAUUGGGAUAAUGCAUUUAUUUAUUUUUUCUUACCUUGAAAAAUUUUCAUUUGGCCUUUUUUCCUGCGUGCUGUUAGGCUCGCGGGGGCAGAAAAU